GUGGAAGCAUGUAGAUGUUAACCAGAAGAGGCCCCAGAAUGGAGCCUUGGGGAACUCCGCAUGUCAUAUUUGUCAGCUCAGGGUAACUCAGGGUUGGGCUUUAGCAUUGCCGGAGGCACAGAUAACCCACACAUCGGAGACGACCCUGGCAUCUUCAUUACCAAGAUCAUCCCUGGAGGAGCUGCAGCAGAGGAUGGACGACUGAGAGUGAACGACUGCAUCCUGCGGGUGAAUGAUGCAGACGUGUCUGAAGUUUCUCACAGUAAGGCAGUAGAAGCCCUGAAGGUUGCAGGUUCUAUUGUUCGGCUGUAUGUGCGGCGCCGCAGGCCAAUGCUGGAGACCGUCAUCGAGAUCAAACUCAUCAAAGGACCAAAAGGGCUUGGCUUCAGUAUUGCAGGUGGAGUUGGAAACCAGCACAUUCCUGGAGACAACAGCAUAUACGUCACCAAGAUCAUUGAUGGUGGGGCAGCACAGAAGGAUGGCCGGCUACAAGUAGGAGACAGGCUGAUAAUGGUGAACAACUACAGUCUGGAGGAAGUGUCUCAUGAAGAGGCUGUGGCCAUUUUGAAGAACACAUCGGACGUGGUCUACCUAAAGGUGGGAAAGCCCACCAAUGUCUACCUAUCAGAUCCCUAUGGGCCUCCUGAUAUCACACACUCUUUCUCUCCAGCCCUGGAAAAUCAUAUCUCUUCCCCCGUCAACAGUGGCACUCUGGAGUACAAGUCUGGUCUCCCUCCCAUCUCCCCCGGGAGUUAUUCCCCCCUCCCUAAGCACUUACUUGGGGAAGAGGAUAUAAACAGGGAACCCAGGAAGGUUGUGCUCCACAAAGGCUCCACAGGCCUGGGCUUCAACAUCGUGGGCGGUGAAGACGGCGAGGGUAUCUUUGUUUCCUUCAUCCUGGCCGGAGGGCCCGCUGACCUGAGUGGAGAGCUGAGGCGAGGCGACCAGAUCUUAUCGGUAAAUGGUAUUGACCUACGAGGAGCCACACAUGAACAAGCGGCAGCAGCACUGAAAGGAGCCGGACAGGUGGUCACCAUCAUUGCCCAGUACAGACCAGAAGAGUACGGGCGUUUUGAGGCCAAAAUCCAUGACCUGCGGGAACAGAUGAUGAACCACAGCAUGAGCUCUGCCUCAGGAUCCCUGCGAACCAAUCAGAAGAGAUCGCUCUAUGUGAGGGCACUGUUUGACUAUGAGAGGUCAAAGGACAGCGGCCUCCCCAGCCAAGGGCUUAGCUUCAGGUAUGGGGACAUCCUCCACGUCAUCAACGCCUCAGAUGAUGAGUGGUGGCAGGCCCGCCGUGUCACCCCACAUGGGGACAGUGAGGAAAUGGGUGUCAUCCCCAGCAAGAGACGGGUGGAAAGGAAAGAGCGAGCACGUCUAAAGACUGUGAAGUUCAAUGCCAAGCCAGGGUCAUUUGAUUCAAAAGGGUCAUUCUAUGACAAACGUAAAAAGAAUUUCAUCUUCACACGAAAGUUCCCAUUCUACAAGAACAAAGAGGGUGAGCAGGAUGGCAGUGAUUCAGACCGGAGUCAAGAGGAUGUGAUUCUCUCAUAUGAACCUGUGAUGCGGCAAGAAAUUAAUUAUGCCAGACCCAUCAUAAUCCUGGGACCGAUGAAGGACAGAAUCAAUGAUGAUCUGAUAUCAGAAUUCCCAGACAAGUUUGGCUCUUGUGUGCCACAUACUACUCGGCCCAAGAGGGACUACGAGGUGGACGGGCGAGACUACCACUAUGUGAUGUCCAGAGAGCAGAUGGAGAAGGACAUCCAAGAGCACAAGUUCAUUGAGGCGGGACAGUACAAUGAUAAUCUGUAUGGAACGAGUGUCCAGUCUGUGAAAUAUGUGGCUGAAGGGGGUAAACACUGCAUUCUGGAUGUGUCUGGAAAUGCCAUCAAACGACUACAAGUAGCACAACUCUAUCCCAUCGCCAUCUUCAUCAAACCUAAGUCUAUCGAUUCAUUAAUGGACAUGAAUAAGAGACUGACAGAGGAACAAGCCAGGAAGACGUUUGACAGAGCUUUGAAGCUGGAGCAGGAGUUUGGUGAAUUCUUCACAGCGCUGGUUCAAGGAGACACCUUAGAGGACAUUUAUAACCACUGCAAAGAGGUGAUAGAGGAACAUUCAGGACCCUAUAUCUGGAUCCCCUCAAAGGAGAAACUAUAAUAACUCAUCAACCUGGGAGGGAGUCUGGACUGCUAAAAA